AUGUCAGGAAUUGAAGAAAACGGUACCUUUGACGAAAUUAGGGAGAGAAGAUCAGAUUUUGAAAUCUCGGAAGAUGAAAGAAGGCGAUCGAAAAUCGGGAAUUUGAAGAAGAAAGCGAUUAAUGCUUCGACCAAGUUCACUCAUUCUUUGAAGAAAAGAGGGAAAAGGAAAAUCGACUAUCGGAUUCCUUCAGUCUCCAUAGAAGAUGUAAGGGAUGAAAAAGAAGAGAGCGUUGUCCUCGAGUUUCGCCGGAAGCUUCUUGAGAGAGAUUUGUUACCUCCUAGACAUGAUGAGUACCAUACUCUUCUGAGAUUUUUGAAAGCAAGGGACCUUAACAUUGAAAAAACCAUCCAAAUGUGGGAAGAAAUGCUUAGAUGGAGAAAAGAAUAUGGAACAGAUACCAUACUAGAGGAUUUUGAUUUCGAAGAGCUGGAAGAAGUUCUGCAAUACUAUCCUCAAGGCUAUCAUGGAGUUGACAAGGAAGGAAGGCCUGUCUACAUUGAAAGGCUUGGAAAAGCUCAUCCCGCUAAGCUUAUGCGUAUCACAACCAUAGAUAGAUAUCUUAAAUACCAUGUUCAAGAGUUUGAGAGAGCUCUCUUAGAGAAAUUCCCUGCAUGCUCGAUUGCAGCAAAGCGUCGUAUCUGUUCCACGACUACAGUACUGGACGUGCAAGGAUUGGGCAUGAAGAACUUUACACCAACCGCUGCAAAUCUUGUGGCUGCCAUGUCGAAGAUUGAUAACAGCUACUACCCCGAGACGUUACACAGAAUGUACAUCGUAAAUGCUGGAACAGGUUUCAAGAAAGUGCUUUGGCCUGCUGCUCAGAAGUUUCUUGAUGCAAAGACCAUCUCAAAGAUACAUGUGUUAGAACCCAAAUCUUUAUCUAAGUUACAUGAAGUGAUUGAUUCAAGUCAACUGCCAGAGUUCCUCGGAGGUUCAUGCUCUUGCUUUGGCGACGGCGGUUGUCUUCGCUCUAAUAAAGGACCGUGGAAUGAUCCUGAAAUAAUGAAGCUUAUCUACCAUGGAGACGCAUCACUCGUUAGGCAAAUCACCAGGAAACUGAGUGAUCCACAGAAUUCUUCCUCUUACAUAAGUAUACAUCCAUCGAAGGAUAUGCAAGCUGACACUUCAGCAGCUGAGUCUGUAUCUUGUUCUGAUGUUCCUACUUCUCUAAAUGGAAGAAUGUGCUCAACCUCUGCUCAUGUGAAUCAAGUUUAUGAAGAAGCUAGGUCAUCGGAUGUUAACGGGUAUUAUAGUUGCGAUGACAAGUUUACCAUACCUGGCAUAGCUACUAACCGAAAUGGCCAAGAAAGACAAUCCGAUUACCAAAUGCUCGGACUCAAUAAAAAAACUCUCGGUUUACAAGACGAAACAUCUUCACCAGGUACUCCGAUUAUCCGUUGGCUUCAAGAUUUAAAGGGAACAAUUGACAAGAUAAAAUCCGAGAACCUAGCGAAGAGGUUACUUUCGUUAAUGCUGAAACUAGCUUCAGUUUUCCGUUAUAUCCCGUUUGAGUUUUCGAGAAGGCAGAAUACCGUCACACCUUCAAGUCCAACAGAAGAUGAAACUAUGAUCAGCCUCAUCCCAACUCCUCCUAUAGAGCCUACAAUGAAAGACCGGAUUCUUCCGUGUUUGGAGCGUAUUCAUCAACUGGAGACGAAGUACGAGGAUCUCCGAAACAAACCUGUUGAAAUACCUGUAGAGAAAGAGAGAAUGUUGAUGGAUUCUCUAGACAGAAUCAAGUCGGUUGAGUUUGAUCUCGAUAAAACAAAGAGGGUUUUACAUGCCACAGUGAUGAAACAGAUCGAGAUAACCGAAAUGCUCGAAAAUCUACGGGAAUCUCAACUUCACAGAAGAAGAAGAUUGUUCUGUUAA